AUUUCCAGAAACACCCUGGGUGCAGCCUUUGUUGCCACAAGAAACAUCCAUGCCUCCAAACCAUCUUUUCAGAAAACUGGUACGGCCGAGGUAUCCUCUAUUCUUGAGGAACGUAUUUUGGGAGCUGACACCUCUGCUGAACUGGAGGAGACUGGUCGUGUGCUCUCAAUUGGUGAUGGUAUUGCCCGUGUGUACGGGCUAAGAAAUGUGCAAGCAGAAGAAAUGGUUGAAUUCUCUUCUGGACUGAAGGGUAUGUCCUUGAAUUUGGAGCCCGACAACGUUGGUGUUGUCGUGUUUGGCAACGACAGGCUGAUCAAGGAAGGGGAUGUUGUGAAGAGGACUGGUGCCAUUGUGGACGUUCCAGUUGGGGAGGAGCUGCUGGGCCGCGUUGUGGAUGCCCUGGGCAACCCCAUUGACGGGAAGGGUCCUGUUACAUCUAAGACACGAAGAAGGGUUGGGUUGAAGGCCCCUGGGAUCAUUCCCAGGAUCUCGGUGCGUGAGCCCAUGCAGACUGGCAUUAAGGCUGUGGACAGCCUGGUGCCAAUUGGCCGUGGCCAGCGGGAGCUGAUCAUUGGUGACAGGCAGACUGGGAAAACUUCCAUUGCAAUUGACACCAUAAUCAACCAGAAACGAUUUAAUGAUGGCACAGAUGAGAAAAAGAAGCUGUACUGUAUCUAUGUUGCAAUUGGCCAGAAGAGAUCUACUGUUGCUCAGCUGGUGAAGAGGCUCACUGAUGCAGAUGCCAUGAAGUACACUAUUGUGGUGUCUGCCACGGCCUCGGACGCAGCACCCCUGCAGUAUCUGGCUCCCUAUUCCGGCUGCUCCAUGGGGGAAUACUUCAGAGACAACGGAAAACACGCGUUGAUCAUCUACGAUGACUUAUCCAAACAGGCUGUUGCCUAUCGUCAGAUGUCUCUGCUGCUGCGUCGUCCGCCCGGCCGUGAGGCCUACCCGGGUGACGUGUUCUACCUGCACUCCCGUCUGCUGGAGAGAGCAGCCAAAAUGAACGAUUCCUUCGGAGGCGGCUCUCUGACGGCCUUGCCUGUCAUCGAGACUCAGGCCGGUGAUGUGUCUGCUUACAUUCCAACCAACGUCAUCUCCAUCACUGAUGGACAGAUCUUCCUGGAAACCGAGUUGUUCUACAAAGGUAUCCGUCCAGCCAUCAACGUUGGUCUGUCUGUGUCCCGCGUGGGUUCUGCUGCCCAGACCAGGGCUAUGAAGCAGGUGAGCAUGAAGCUCCUCCUCCCAUUGCACACAAUUCCCAUGGCUAUUGAGGAGCAGGUUGCAGUCAUCUACGCUGGUGUGAGGGGACACUUGGACAAGCUGGAGCCCAGCAAAAUCACUAAAUUCGAGAGCGCUUUCCUGGCUCAUGUGCUGAGCCAGCACCAGGCCCUCCUCUCCACAAUCAGGACCGAAGGGAAGAUCUCUGACCAGACAGAAGCCAAGCUGAAGGAAAUAGUCACAAACUUCCUGGCUACUUUUGAGGCAUAA